ACAUCUGAAAGUGUGUGAAUUUUCGUGAGUCAGUGAAUGUUCAUAACUGUCUAUGUUUUACUUUCAAAAAAUAACACAUUGAUGAUAAUCACUCAACAGUUGCUUAAAAAUCGCUGACUGAUCUAUAAAUAUUACGUGAAAAAAGACGGAAUCUGGGGGAGUAUAAACACCCAGCUAGCAUUUCCUUCGGGCGCAUUGCAGACUUUUUGGGGCAAAAAAACUUCGGGUAAAUCUACUUACGUGGGACAAUGUCUUGAAGUCUGCCCCGAAAAGUCUGCAAUUCGCCCAAAGUUUGCCACAAAAUGUCUGCGAUGCGCCCGAAAAAAAACGCUAGCUGGGAUGCAGUGAUGUUUUUCCUUUAAUGAGAAGGAUCUCACCGAAGAUCUGGAACCUCUACCUCACAAUCAAGAAGCGAGCUCAAAGAAAUCACUGGUUUAUACUAGCUCGUAAUCAGGAUAUUGGAUAUUGGAAGUCCACCUGGCGUUUCUCAACGUUGGUUUCUAGAACCCUGAAAAUAGUGUCAGGCAAGAAUUAACUAAACUUUUUUCAUCUAGUAAAUAAACAAUUUCCUCCAUCCAUCCUUAUAUACCCUCAAGUUUUACUUUUAUUAUUUCUAUUAUAUUUAUGGUCCUGUUACUUCUCUGUUUUACUCUCAUAAUUGCAAACACCAACUUAUCUCCAUGACAGCUGUAAUCUUUGUUUUUCCCCUCACCAUAUCAUGUAAAGAGAACAUUAUACUCAAUAUUUUUAAACAUGCUAGGAUUUCUAUACCACAUUUACAAUACUGUGUGGCACAAGCCAACGGCAAUUUUCACUUGUAUUCUUAUUAUUAUUACCCUAGCUGUUAUCAUUAUUACUGUUAUUUCCAUUUUAUAUGCUGCAUGUUUUUGACACUACCUCUAUUGUAAAUGUGGAAAAUUUUCUGUGUGAUUAAUUUUUAUUUAUAAUUUGAGGAAAUUAGAUGCAAUAUUGUGAUUAAUGGUGAAAAUUCCAUUCUGUAUCACAAGUACUGUUUUUGGGAUAAAGUAAAUCAUUAUUAUUAUUAUUAUUAUUAUUAGUAGUAGUAGAACGAAGAGGCCCGGUCCGAGAAUGCACACAGGUUAAGUGGGGAGAAUUCUGGUGAAAUAGGCGGUUUCAUUGGAUGAUGAUGUAGGCUAAAAGUGACUAAACGAAAUACGAAACACUAUUUUCCCCACUUUGCCAACCAUUUUUUAUCCUUUCUAUUUCCUCUAAAAUUUCCAUCGUCUACUUUAUUUACCCUUGUCAGCUACUGGGAAGCUGGUGAAAAAUUGGAAGUCUUUCCAUUCCUUCUGUGGUCGUUGAGUGAUCCCCAUUUUUUAUGAAAUCCUACAAAACUAUGCUGUAUCUAAAUGGUAGCUUCCUUCUGAGGUUUGUGAUAAGCACGGCUAAUGGUCCCUCUGACCGUAUACGGCCUAUAGGCCUUAAAUUAACAUUUAUCAAAUACUAAACAGAAUAAAUUAUCAAGCAGUAUUUCAAACAGCUAUAAGCUUUUGAAUCCACAUACGAAAAGAAAUGUGUAGGUUCCCCUGAGUUGGAUAUUGUAUAAAUAUCUGUGACUUGAUAAAUCUCUGGCAAAAUCUUUUGUAUGCUGAGAUUUUAAUUUGUCGAGUUUUUUCAUUGUCGAGUUUUUCAUUGUCUUGAGUUUCGAGUGUAAUAUAAAGCUUCGGACAGGAGCUUUUACGUCUUAAGAGUAUGGUGUUUCUUCCAUUGGGUGGGGUUGCUAGCCUCACGCCCAAGCUUCUUUCUUUACCAAACAUACUACCGGCUAAGCCAGGUUUAAUAGUGCGUCCGGGGGUCAAUCAAACCCGCACUCCCAGCACUGUUGGUGAGCAUUAUGCGAUUGAACCACCGACUCAUAAGACCAGGGAGUAAGGGACAGCUGUUUCGUCCAUGUUUGGAACUUUCCAGCAGUAGGCGUCUAUGACGUUUAGAGCGAGAUCGUAUACCAUUCAGUAACUGGAACAGCUUACCGAACAACUUACCAAAAUGCCUGUUAUAAUUUUUGUGUGGAAGUUCAUCCAUUCUAGAUUUUCUAUCUCAAAAUAGUAGGAGAAAAUAAAAGAAUAAAGACGUAAUGACACAAUAGUGAAUAUCUUUGCGUCGGGAUAUGAAGAUAGCUGAAUGAAGAAUACCAAAAUUAUUCCGGAUAUUGAAAAAAGAGUAAACACAUUGAGAUCAACGCAGAAGACUUUUAGCUCUUAUUUCAACCACUCAGAAAUCUAGUUUUGAGAUCUGAGACUUUGUUUAGAUCUGUAGACAGAUACUUAAUUCACUCGUUUCUUGUUUUACUUUUAACAGCCUUAAUGCUUUUCCAGCUUAAUCCUACUAUUUUUAGAAGAAUUUAUGCACAAUGCCGUAUAUCCAUGUCUUUUCCUGACUGAUUCAGUCGCCUGUUACUCCUAAAGUCAACUACUUCAAAGUAAUCCCUUUCAUCAGAUGAAUACAAUGAAAAUUAAAAAUGGUUCAUCCCACUGCUGUUGUACAUAUCAAUCCAAUGGUGGUAAUACUAAUCUGAGAAAACGUUGUAAUGGUGGUGAUAGCCUUCAGAAGUCAUCUUUACUGAAAACAUCAACUACAGCCGACAGUGAUGUUGAUGAUGAUGAUGAGUCGACCACGACGAAACUACGUACAAUCAUUGAUAUUUAUGUUCAUUGUAUGCUUUUAACUUGUGUUUGUAUAAUUAUUUUUGUAUCUUCACGACCAUUAACAGAAGACUAUCUGAUUCGUUUAAUAUUUGGUGAAUCAUUGAAUUAUUGUAAUUAUACAUAUAUCCCUUCGAAGAAUAAUUAUCGUCGUCCGUAUAAAGUGUAUGAUUGAUGCUAUUAUUAUUGUUAUUACUAUUAUAUUUUCUUUUUUUUCACAUGUAUGUAUAUUUUUAAGUUAUAUUCGUCUUUCCGCCUAUUCACAUAUCUUCAUAUUCUGUUCCACCUUUUCUGUAGUGUAAAAAGUUAACAGCAACACCAAGACAGGAGUAUUUUUCUACAAAAUUUUGAUAACCACACUAAAACCUUUAUAUGUCUGUCUUUCUGUCUGUCUGGAUUCAACAUAGAACUUGGCACCGAAGUUCAGCAGUUCGAGUUGCCACGUUCCAAAUAACACACAGAGGUAGACAAGAAGAUGAGUGAAGAGAAUCAAUACAGUCUGACAAGUAUAAGAGUGAAACAGAAUGGGUAAUGGUAGAAAGGAAUAUGAAAGAUUACAGAGACUGAAUACAUCUGCGCUGGCCAUUGACAACGAUUUUGAGCCAUGUCACCUAUUGUCUCCAGCCAUUGAUUCCUAGAGUCCCGAGGGCCCCAACCCGGGAGUCUGCAUCUCCCUACCUGACUCAGUUUAACUGUCAAGGAUUUCAUGGAUUGAUGAGGCCAUGUUUUUGUUUGGCCACCACUGGCUCUUUUCCAACCUGCACCUAUAUCGGCUAGCAAUACCCGUCGGGGGAGGCGAUGUUUAGGCAUGCGCAGCACGUGACCUAGCCUUCUUAGUCUAUGUGACUUUAUAGCCUCGUCGAUUGAUUUUCCCUCUUUGCCCAACACUCUACGCCUAACGUCAACAUUACUUACCUUAUUAAACACCACCCAACGUGAGACAGAGAUCGCAGACAUCUAUGAUCGAAAACAGUCAACAUUUUCAUGUCUUCAACGCGUAUUGGCCAUGUUUCAGAGCCAUAUAGAAGGACUGAGCGAACUGCUGAUAACCGGAUGUCACGCCUACGCCAGAGAUGGUGUAAGUCAGCGAAAGCAGCUCGAGCCUUUCGGAUCCGUGCUGAGAUUUCAUCGCCAAUCAGUCCGUUGGUGCUAAUACAACUUCCCAAGUAGGUGAAGUGGUCAACAUGUUCUAUCACUUCACUCCCUAUCACUAAGUUAGGAGUUGACGUGGUCCAGUCCUGUAGCAGCAUCUUACAUUUUGUAGGGGCGAAUCGCAUGCCAAACAUACGGAGAUUGCUGCUCAAGGUGUUCAGAAGACUCCGCUCUAUUUUGUCAUCAUCCUCCCCUAACAGGACUAUGUCAUCUGCAUAUUCUAAGUCCAUAAGACUAUUCCCUGGUAACAAGUCGAUUCCUAAGUCAUUACGUUCAGUUAAGGAUACUUCCAUCAGCAAAUCUAUGAUGAAGUUAAACAGAAAUGGGGAAAGUGGACAUCCCUGUCGGACACCACUGGUUGUUACCAAUUCAGAUGACAAUUCUCCAUAAGCCCUUACAUGGCUACAUGAGUUUGAAACCUUUAUAUGUAUGUAUGUAUGUAUGCAUGUAUGCAGCCGUGCAUUGAUUUUUAUUUAAGUUUUGUAAUUGUUUAUUUUCUUGACCUCAGCAGACAAAUACAUCAUUCAAAGGAUCACUUUUCAAUAUAGAUCAUUGUACAUGUCUUUUAUUAACAUUAUUACUAAUUCCUGGGGUUCGGAAUGGAACACAUAGCUCCAACAGUAUAUCUCGACUUCAUCUUGUCCUCUGAAGUAC